GAGAGAGAGAGAGAGAGGGACUCUGCAGACACCCUCGCACUCAGUAAGCUUUUCUCAGCAGCCCUAGUGUCUUUACUAACGGGACAAGUUUAAACCAUCAGGAUAUCACCGCCGGUUCUCAGCUUUUCUCUCGCCUCCAUGUGAACACCACGAACCCCAGACUCAGGACGCUGCUGCCAAAAGCAUGACGAUGAUGGUGAUGGGAGGAGGCCACGGCCGAAGGUGCAGCCCUCGCUAGAAUCAUACUUCGUCUCCCAACUUCACCCCUCCGCUGUCAUCCACUACUGCCACCCCACCCCACCCCACCCCCUGCGUCAUGGCCAACCACCUGGAGCUGAUCCAGGAGCUGCAGCAGCUGGACAAAGUGCCCAGUUUGGAGAGGCUGCGGGCGGCCCAGAAGCGGCGUACCCAGCAGCUGAAGAGAUGGGCUGUGUACGAGAAGGAGAUGCAAAACAAGAAGCGAAAGGCUGACAAGAAGGCACGCAAUGCCAACAACCUCCAGCAAGAGUCCAAGAGGCAUGUGUCCUUUGCCGCCAGCGUGGCACUUCUGGAGGCCUCGGCCAGGAAUGAUCCAGAUGAAGUACGUUACCUGCUGAAGAAUAACGUGAGUCCAGACCUCUGCAAUGAAGACGGUCUCACCGCCCUACAUCAGUGUUGUAUAGAUAACUAUGAGGAGAUGGUGAAGAUCCUGCUGGACCGAGGAGCCAGCGUCAACGCUCAGGACAACGAGCUGUGGACGCCGCUGCACGCUGCUGCUACAUGUGGCCACGCAGGACUGGUCAAGAUACUCAUAGCACACGGUGCAGAUUUGCUGGCGGUCAACUCUGAUGGGAACAUGCCCUAUGACCUGUGUGAAGACGACCCAACACUGGACAUCAUUGAGACGGCUAUGGCCAACAGAGGCAUCACCCAGGAGAUGAUCAACGAGACACGAGCGUCUACAGAGAGGAGGAUGCUGGGAGACAUCCAGGAACUGCUGAGACAGGGAGAGGAGGUCAACCAACAGGACUCUCAGGGAGCCACUCUGCUCCACAUCACAGCAGCAAAUGGCUACGUGCAGGCUGCAGAGCUGCUGCUGGAGGGGGGAGCUCGCAUGGACCUGAGAGAUUCAGAUGGAUGGCAGCCCCUUCAUGCUGCAGCGUGCUGGGGUCAGAUGCAUGUGGCAGAGCUGUUGGUGUCUCAUGGAGCCAGUCUCAACGCCAAGACCUUCCUAGAGGAGACCCCCAUUGAUUUGUGUGAGGAUGAGGAGUUCAGAGCCAUCCUGCUGGACCUCAAACACAAACACGACAUCAUCAUGAAGUCACAGCUCAAGCACAAGACCUCACUGUGUAGGCGAACAUCCAGUGCAGGCAGUCGUGGAAAAGUGGUGCGGCGAGCCAGCUUGUCGGACAGACACAACUUGUGCCGUAAAGAAUACGAGACGGAAGCCAUCGUGUGGAGGGGUGGGAGGGAGGAGGAGGAUGAAAAGGAGAAAGAGUCCGAUCAGGAGAAUAACCAGGUGGUUAAUGUCAAGCCAGUCAUAGCUGUGGAGCUGCCAGACAAGCCCAAGCUGCCAACCAUCCUCAAAGAUGGCAACAGCAAACAGAACGGCCUCAUCUCUACGAUGACGUCCAUGCCGCCGCAACCGCCCUCCAAUGGCAACACGCCAUCGUCUGACAAGGGUGGGGUCAUCACCACCCAGCCCACCCAGGAGGAAGCCUUGCCGCGAGAGCGCGCUCAGACACUGUCUGAGCUAAAGAAACAGAGGGCCGCCGCCAAACUGUUGAAUCACCCCCUGUUUAACGGUCACCUAGGUAAUGGCUCCACAGACUCCUUCUCUGAUGCCAAAACCAACUCAGAGGACCCCCGCAUGCCGCUGGUCUCCUCCAAUGGCAGCGCGGUUUACUACACACCAGCCAGCGGCGACCCGCCCCUGCUCAAACUGAAACAGCCAAUAGAGGAAGAGCAGCCGAAGGCGCAGACCUGCUGCUGCGUGUCAUAGCUCCAUGGUCAUGUGACUGUUGACGGAACAGGAAGUAUUUGCACAGAAAGGAGGGAAGGAAGGGAGGAAGGAAAGAAGGAAAGAGUGAGUGUUGCUGUCUUUUAAAGUCCUUUUCCUCCCCUCCUUUAAACUUCGUCCAGAGAAGACAGUUGGCCUGAAGAAGGUUUAGCAACUUCUCCUUGUACCUCCCUGCCAUGUGAUGCCCUGCUACAGUUGAAGAGACACCAUCCCCAAAUUCAGACAUUUUUCAAGUGUAGCAGAGAAUGGGAAAGGAACUGAGCAAUGCCACUUUUUUCCUCUAGACGUCGCUUGGAUUAAAAUUCCUUUUCAAAAAUGGAGUCUCUCUACAAGACAUGCCAAAAGGGAUAGAAAGAGUGCAAGAAGCUGUUACUCUGGCCCUGCUGUCCCUGCCCACCUUUAAGAAAAGUGUGGGCAGUUUUUUUAAGCUUUUCACCUGGAAAGGUUUAAAAAAAUUUAAUCAGAAAAGAUCUCAAGGUACAAGUGCAUGUUCUGCCCUCAGAGAUAAAUAUGAAAGACUUUUUUUUUUUUUUUUUAUCUUGCACAUGGAUGGUUACCAUGUAAUUAAACAUUUCUUCAGGAUGAGCUCACAUAUGUUGUCAUAUUCUUGUCAUUUUCAAAUGUGCAGGAAGGGCAGCACAGAGCGUUCCAGAUGUGUUGUACUACAACAUAUCAGAAAUAGCUAAACGUAGCAAAAAGACCUGUGACUUCUCUUUUGAAGUAUCUAUCACGUUAAAAUGCUGCCUGCAUAUGUAAAAAGGGAAGGAAUGCCAUAAAACAGUGUUAAAAUAUUCAGGAAGUGUAUUUCUACAGCGAGUGAUAACAGGAAAGAGCAGAGUGUUUUGUAAUAUUCUGUCAAACUAUACUUCACCUCACCGUCCUCUCAUAUCAAACCUGAACUGACAGGUCACGCUCUGUUUUAUGCAUAAUCCACUUUGUGCUCGCUCGUUUAGAUAAUUUAAGCAAACAUGGUUGAAAAUUACUGUACAUUUCUUUAUUUAUGAAAUUUAUGUAAUGUGUAAAAAAAAAAAAAAAAAGAAAAAAAAAAGUUGAGUGUAUUUAUUAUUUGGAUGGUGUGUGGAGAGUGAAUGCAAUGCAAGAUGAGCUGGGGAGUCUUCCAGCAAAGCACCUUCUGACAAGGAAAAUCAAACUGAUAAAGUGAAGGGUUACUGUCUGCUAUAUGUAUGUUAUUAAUAUCACACAAGCAGGCCAUCCUAUUGGGAUGGAUUUCAUAUUUGUGUCACUACAAAUAACAGUGUUAUUUGUUUAUGGGUUUCUUUGUAGUUUUUUUUCUGGUGGCCAUUGUGUGGCUUUAUCUCCCAGUCAUUGUAGUUGUCUAACAGAAACUGUAAAUGUUAUGUAAUGAAUAACUGUACGUAUAAUAUGAGUUUACUGAAGAUACACAUGGACUCUGCUUGCCUGAUUUAAAAAAAAAAAAAAAAAAACAUUAAUCUCCACAUUUGGUAUGGAGUGAGCUCACACCAUCGUGUCAGGUGUCCUCAUAACAAAAUAUAAACGUUGCAGCCAAAAACCAAGUACUAGAAGUAGUUUCUCUGCUCUGUCUGACAUUUUGGGAAAUGUAUGCUUAUUAGCAGCAACAACUGUAGCGACAGUUUACCCACAACUUGGCUAACGUUAGUUCCAUUACUUGCUGUGUCGUUGUUUGUUCUAUAUCAUGGUAUUUGUCAUGUUUUCUAUAUCAUGUUUGUAUUGCAUUUCUACAGAAUCGCUUACCCCACCUUUAAUAUAUAGCUGGAGCUAGCAGCUGGUUAUCUUAGCAUAAAGAAAGCAAAACGGGAGAAACAGCUAGUGAAAUGGAAUACAGCCAUCAUUCAUGUUAUAAAUUACAUCUGUGCUUUGACAUGUCGUUGUGGAUUUUGCUUUACAGGUGCAUCUUUUGAAAAACCUUUUUACUGUGCUAUGCUAGCUGUUUACAGUUUUUAUGCUAAGCUAACUGGCUGCUAGCUCCAGCUUCAUAUUUAACAGACAGAUAUGAGAGGGGUAUCAAUCUGCUCAGCAAAAACGCUAAUAAGCAUAUUUCCCAAAAUGUUGACUUACUCCUUUUUAUCUAAUAACAGCUCUUCUAAUCUCCUUGUGAUUGCCAAAAAGUCUUCCAUGAUUUAAACUACUUAUAAGGACAUUUAAAAACUUUGAAGGAAGGCUUUCUUGCCACUAUAGAGAUUUCUCUGAUGACCAGCCCCUUUAAAUGUGUGAUUAACCACAAUGCCACUACCACUUUAUCCCCACUAUCUACUGUACAUUGUCAAAUAUUUGUACAGAUGUGUUUGUAAAUAUGUUUGUAUUAGUAUCCCCUUAUCUGUUCCCAUGAACUGCAUUUACAUGUCUGUGUUGUUACUGUUGAGGAAGUUGUAGGAAAAAUCAAUUACCCACAUUGAUGAACAGUGUUAGCAGACAUUUGGUUGUCAAAGGGGAAACUGAGUCUAUGUAGACCCCCUUAGUAGUCCAGAAGUUUAAAAUCUAUCUGUGAAGUUGAGUGCACCCAGGUAUCUUCAUCAUGCAUAAUGUUUACUCCCUGGUGACCAGCGUCUGCGGUUGAUUUCUUUAUUUUGUGUUUUUAUUUUCUAAUUUUCAGCAGAUGUCACUGGAAACAGUUUGGAUUGUAAACUCAGUUUGAGGAAGUGCAAAUUAAGUCAUUCAAAGAGACAGCUCUACCCCCUAUUUUUGGUUCCUUAAUUUUUUCAAGAAUUGUCCAAGGAGGUGACAUCAUCUUGUUAUGAGUCGGCUAUAUUUCAUUGAAGUUACUCCAGCUCACAUCUGUCCAAGUGCUACAAUCACUUCAAUUUGAAUUUCAGUUCUGCCUUCUUAUUAAUGAAAUCCAAUAACACUGAAAUGUGAUUUUAAACUGCAACCUGGUCAGUAUUAGCCAGAAAAGUACCCGGUGUUCUCAUGGUAUUUAAAGAUCAAAGCUUGUGUUUGUCUGCAAGCCUUGUUGUCUAUAAGGAUAAGAUUAUAAAGAUGAAAAACUACUGAUUUUGUAAUUACUGUAAUAUAUUGAUGGUUGCAUUAACAUAUUUUGAAUAAAUUGUAUAUUUUGAGAAUUUUA